AUGGCGGAAAAUGUUUUUCUGGGAGACCAUGAACUUACCUUUCCCGGUCCACAUCUCGGUGUGCUUCGGGACUGUAACGCUGUGCUCGAUUCAGCAGAAGGCUUGCACAAACAGAUAGCAGAGGACGGGUAUCUUCUCGUUCGUGGCUUAAUCGAUAAAGAAAAAGUUGUCGCGGGACGUCGGGCUAUACUUGAAUACGCCAAUGGAAACGGAAAAGACGACGUUUUCAAGUCCGGCACCGACAUAAUGGAGGCGGUUGCCGGUGGAGGAAGCCCUGGACGAACAAUGGGCACGCCCGCCGUUACGCACCAUCCAGACGUACAGGCGGUUUUGGAGGGGGAUGAACUUUUCAAAUUCUUCCGAAACUUCUUUAGCGGCGAUACCCGCACCUUCGAUUAUAAGUGGCUACGGUUCGUCCGUCCUGACGGUUGGUCGGGACCACAUUUCGAUGUCGUUUAUAUGGGGAGAGGCUCAAAGCAACUGCACACCUGUUGGGUCCCAUUCAGUGAUGCGCCGGCAACGAUGGGAACACUGACUGUACUUGCCGGGUCGCAUAACCUCCCAAGUUUCGCUCGGAUUCGGGAUACUUACGGUAAGACUGAUGUCGACAAAGAUGGCACCCCUGGACAUUUCGGGCGCGAUCCGAUGGAGAUCAGCGAAAAAUAUGGGGGUGAGUGGCAGACAGCGGAUUUCGAGAUGGGGGAUGUCAUCGUCUUUACCAUGCACACGAUGCAUACCUCUACGAAGAAUCUCUCCGAUAGAUGGCGAGUCAGUUGUGACAUCCGUUUCCAACCCGAGGCGGAUCCAAUUGAUGAGCGGUGGGUCGGCAAGAACCCGCUCUCUCACACGGGUAGCCAGAAGAUUUCGUUUGAGGAAGCCAAGGAACAGUGGGGACUGGAAUAG